AUGCAGAUAUUGGGGCAGAAGACGGCUGGGAAGGCCAUAUACAGCGAUAAAAAGAGCAAUCUGGCAUCGAAACUGUCAUCUCCAGGGCCCAAGAUGAGAAGGGUACUUGUCCCUCCUCCUUUCCAGCGCUCUCGAGAACGUCUCAUGUAGCCUAGAACGACGGGGGCCAUCUUCUUCAGUGUUAGUGAGCGGGACAGGGAUCCCGCUGGUACAGGAAGGAUAACAGUUCAGAGUAAAUAAUUUGGUUUUGCUAUAUUUACAGGUAUCUUUGGUCCGGUGUAUGAUGCUCUGCCGACAACAGAAUUCACCUCACCCUGCUCUGUGCUCCUGAAGCAGGGGAAGGGAUAGCCUCCAGGAGGUAAGCCCUUUGUUCUUCGAGAAGUUAUUUGGCUUUCUCGUUCAUCUAGAGAUGCUGAAGAACAUCUUUUUGGAUGUUAAAACUGCUUCCCGGAGAGCUCCUGGGAAACCCCGAAAUGGAAAGGUUGCUCGUGAUCCUCCCCCACCUGCUAUUGCUGCUACUGCGGCGAUAAGUUUGUAUGUGCACGACGUAAAGGCUACAAGUGGAAGGUAUGCUCUACGGUUGCCCUUUAAUUCAUGCCAUUUUGUUCCCUCAAUUACUGUUUUUUAGAACAAUUCGACUGAAAAUCGCCCGUCUUUUCUAGUGAAAAUGGUACCAUUUUUGAGACAACGAUGAAUCGGAAGAAUGGCAAGGUCAGGCGCUGGGAGCUUCAGCAUAAGAUGCAGGAAUGUGCGAGAUCGGGAGAUCUAAGUGGAGCCCUGAGCUUGCUAGAUCUCAUGAGCCCACUGGCCAUUCUGGACUACAACGCCCUUUUGCACGGUUUCAUAAAGUCCGGGCAUGCUUCUGUUGAACGCUUGAGGAUGCUGUUUGAUAUGCUGGGAGCAUCUGGGUUGCAUUCAAAUGUCUGGACAUUCAAUAUAAUUUUGAAUGGGCUGUGCAGAUUGGGGCAUAUAGAGAGUGCUCUCUGGUUUGUGAAGGAGAUGUGCAGGCAGCAGUAUGUCCCAUCUUUCAGCUCCUUGUCCAGAUUGAUGAAGAAGUCGCUUAGGUCAAAUACCUUGGAGACCUCUCUGAGUUUGCUGGACUUGAUGCUAAGAUUUGGCUAUGUCCCUUCUCAAUCUGUCCUGUGCUCCCUGAUUUCAUCCCUGAGCAGAACCAGUAGGAUCGCAGAGGCCUAUUCCAUUUGCUCAUUUCUUUUAGCCAGGGGCUUCUGCCCCAGUCCGAACAGCUAUAACCCCAUUCUUUUCACCUUAUGCAAGUCGGGUGAGAUACUUUGUGCCUUAUCCUUCUUCUGUCUCCUGAGGAAGAAAGGGUGCGCUUGCAAUGUUUAUUCUUAUACAGCUCUGGUCCUCGGGUUUUGCCAGAAAAGACUGUGGAAAGAUGCCCAUCGGAUCCUGGAGCAGAUGCAGGAGGAGGGCUGUGAGCCCAGUACUGUGACUUACACGGUGCUUGCCAAGUCUCUUUGCGAUGGUGGGCAUGUCAAGGAGGCGUUGGGGGUGCUCGAUAUCAUGGCUAGGAGAGGGUGUGAUGCAGAUUUGGUGAUCUACAAUGUCCUCAUACGUGCGCUUUGCUGCCAAAACAUGCUUUCAGAAGUGUGCGAGCUGUUGAGAGCUGCCAAUAAGAAAGGGCUCUCUCCAGACUGCUUCUCUUUGUCAGCCUUAACUGGAGGCAUUUUGAAAGCGGGCAAAGUGGCUCACGCUCAAGCUUUCUACCUCGAUGCUUCUGCCAGAGGUUUCACGGGUGAUAUUGUCACUUGGAACAUUUAUCUCCAUUGUUUAUGCCGUGACAAUAAAUCAAGGGAAGCCGCGCUCCUUCUGAGAAAUAAAAUAGGAGAGGGAUUUCUACCAAAUUCUGUGACGUAUAACACGAUAUUGAGCGGCUACUGCAGGGAGCAGAACAUCGAUGGGGCUCUCAAGCUGUUGGAUCACUUCAAAUGGCCGGGUUGCGGACCAGACUUGAUUUCCUUCAAUACAGUCUUGGCUGCAGCCUGCAAGCAGGGAAAUUCUCUGAUGAUCCAAAAGGUUCUGCAUCGAAUGGACUUUGCAGGAAUUGAUCUCGACAGUGUGAGUAUUUCUUGCCUUAGUCAGUACUUCUGCAAGAUGCGCAGACUCUCAGAUUGUCGUGGAGUCCUCAGUUAUAUGUGCAGCAGCCAAAGUUCUAAUAGAAUCACGUACAACCUGUUGCUGGGAAGUCUUUGGGAGGAACAGAAGGACUUGGUACGAUUCUCUCGAAAUGCUGUACACCCAGAAUGA